AUGGCGGCCGCUCGCGGCGCCGCAAUCCGAGGUGCGGUGGCUUCCGCUGACUCCGCUGCUGUGCCGCGCGCGACCUACUCGGCUCUAAGAUUCGGCGAGCCGGGCUACCCGGCGGAAUAUCGCGGCGCGUUUCGCGACAAUGUGACGGCGCUGGCUGCUGACGUCAUGCAACGCGAACCCGAGGGUAUCGAGGGCCAUCCGACGUGGAGCCUUCUUCUCACCAUCACACGCGCCGAAGCGUAUUCUCAGCCGCCGUUUACGCCUUUCGAGGCGCUUUCGCACCCACCUCCUUCGGCGGUUUCCGCGGACCCGCUUUCCCCUUCCGCGCGCAGCCCGCCGCCUCCCGCCACCCCGCGCGCUCAAGCCCGCGGGGAUGUUAGCUCCGCGCCAGAACUCAGCGCGGGGAAUUCCGCGGCGGGCGCGCUGUGCGCGACCGCGGUUCCCGCGGAACUUCCAGCGCUUCUGGGGGCGGCGCAUGCGGCGCAGCAGCAGGCGCAGCUUCAGGGCGCGGCGCAUCCGGCGCAGCAGGUGCUGCUGCCGCUGCUGCUGGUGGCGGAAGCGACUGAAGGGUCCGCCAAUCCGCACUGCGACUACUGCCGCAGCUCAGGUUGGUGCCACCACCCCAUCGCGACGCACAAGUAUCAUUUCAUCAUUCCUGCGAAGAACCCGCACUCGCACCCACGUGCCGAGACACAGGUGCUCGCUACCACAGCCAGUAACAUCAGUCCACAUGGCACGCGCAGCACCACCAGUACCAGCAACCCCCACCCCUCUUCCCACCACAACCAGCACCAGCACCACCACACGAGGAUCACGGCUGCGGCGUGCCGCUCGCAGUCGCUCGCCUCCCCCACGCACCUCCUGCAUGGCGUCAUCCAUACCAACGGCUUUGGCCACCUCGUGACGCUCAACGGCCGGGCGGCAGGCUCGCAUGUGCUGUCCGGGCAGCAGCUCAUGCAGCUAUGGGACAACAUCUGCACCAUGCUGCGCGCGAGGGUGGUGAGUGUGGAGGACCUAUCGCACAAGCUCUCCUUCUCCUCCGACUAUCGCCUUCUCCACACGCUCGCCUUCUCGCACUCCUGGUUCGCCCGCUGGAGCUACUCCUUCGUGCACGGCGCUUUUGGCAUCACGCAGCAGCGCUACAACCGGGCUGUGGCGCGUGUGGCCGGCACACGCCUGCUGCCGCUGCUCCAGCACCUGCGGGGCAUCAACACCGGGAUUGCAUCCCGUGUGGCAGCGGUGGUUGCUAAGUACCAGUCGCAUGUGCUGUCAGCUAAGUGUCAGCCUCAGGGUGAAUACCAGCCACAUGUUUCACAUGGCGCAGAGGAGGUUGAUGAUCCCCACCCACAUGCCUCACAUGUUCCUCACGCCCCGCACGGCCCGCAUGGCCCGCAUGCUGCUCCACCCAACCUCACCCUGCAGUACCUCUUCUCAUCCCUCCUCGCCCUGCGCUCCUCCCUCCCCCUCCCACUGCACCACCAGCACCACCACUUCCCCCACCUCCUCCACCCCUCCUCUCUCCCGCUCCCCUUCACUCCCAGUACCCCUGCUCCUCCCACUGCUCCCUCUACUCCUGCUGCAGCAGCAGCGCCGCUAGCUGCGGUCCCUUCUCUUGCCUCCUCCCGCUCUCCCCUCCUCUCCUUCUCCGCUCGUCGCCUCCUCGCCCCUCCGCCGCCCCUCACCCUCCCCCCGCUCUUCCCGCCGCUGCAGCCAAUGGCGGCGCGCCAGCUGUCGGGCGAGCCCAGCCCUACCUCCGCGUCCUGCUUGUCCGACGAGCUGUCGCCACGUCAGCAGCAGCAGCGCCUGCUGCGUCAGCAGCAGCAGCAAGCCCUACCGUCCCCGCCGAUCAUAAUCAGCCCGCUGCCGGCCGACUCGCCCUCGUGCCGCUGGUCCUCCAAGCGCCUCCACCUGGCCCAGCAAGUGAUCGUGGACGUGCUCUCCCUCCGCCCCGGCGCCUGGCUGCCUCGGCACGAGGUUCGGGAGGCGGCUCGGCAGAGGAUCGGCGACACAGGGUUGCUGGAUUUUGUGCUGAAGUCGCUGGGGAAUCGGCUGGUCGGUGAUGUGGUGGUGAGGAGAGUGAUCAACCCGCUUAGCAAAGUGCUGGAGUUUAGCUUAGAGCCGCUGCAGCGGGAGGGCGGGGAGAGGGGUGGGGGAGGGAGAGGAGAGGGGAGGGAUGGGGUGGUUGGGGAGGAGGGGAGAGGAGGGAUGGAGGGGCAGCAGGGAGAGGUGCCAAUGGGGGUAGUCUCGCCUCUUACUCUGGGCGGAGCUGUAGACUCGGGAGGGGAUCAGCUGCGGGCUGAUGUGACUCGCGAUGUGGAGUUCCUUUACAAGCACCUGCUCUUUACUGUCACAUCAGCUCACGGCCACUGCCACCCGCAUCAGAGGAUGCACCAGCAGCAGCGUCAGCAGCACCGCCAGCAGCAGCAGCAGCAGGAGGAGGGGCAGCGGGAGACCAAGGCAGAUACAACGUCUUCAGAAUUCUCCCUCUCUGCUUUCUCUGAGGCCGUGCAAACCAUACUCGAUACAAAGCAGUUCUUUAAAGACUACAAGGGCGAGCUCACCAGGGAGCAAGCAGCACGAGCGGUGGCGGCGGCAGCAGGUGGAGAGGGUGGAGAGGAUGGAGAGGAAAGGGAUGGCGUUUCUACAGAGAGCGAAGAGGGGGAUGGGACGAUUCGAGUGCUCUGCAGCAUCGAUGCACGGGAUGCAGACACCAAUCGCAACUGGCCCAUUCCGCCGCCCGAGCUCAUAACCCUGCCGCCCGAAGCAACCGUUGCGGACCUUAAAGCUGCAGCCUGCCGAGCCUUCGCCCAGACCUACCCUGUGGCUCGGCACAUGCAGGUCACAGCCUUGCCCACUGACCUUGAGGACUUGGAUGACGACGAUGUGCUCUUUGGCUCGCUCGACUCGGGCGCCUCUCUGCUGCUCGCCAUUUCCAACCUUGAUGCGCACGGCGAGUGGCGCUACGAGGGCGGCAACGACACGUGGGCCGUACGGUGCGUGUGCGGCGCGCGGGACGACGACGGCGAGCGCAUGAUUGCGUGUGAUGAGUGCGGCGUGUGGCAGCACACACGCUGUGCUGGGAUUGGUGACGCUGCACCCGCUCCCAUGAGCUUCCUGUGCUUGGGCUGCCGAGCGGGGGAGAAGGAUCAUUGCCGGGAGUUUAAGGUGGAUUGUGGUGAGAAGAAAGGAGCACGCAGAGUGGUGAAGAGUAAGCAGGUGCAAGGGGAGGGAGUGAAGGAGGAAGAGCCACUGCAGCAGCACAAGAGGCAGCAGCAACAGCAGCAGCAGAGGCUACGAGACAUGCGAACAGCAUGGGAGAUGGCCGGGCAGCAGGAGAGUGCAGCUGGGAGCAGCAGAAGAGGCGGGUGUAAAGUGCAGCAGGAGAGGUGUGCAGGACAAGGGGAUAUUAUCCCUACAUAA